AACGCAUGCACUUAAAAGACGGGCACCGCCAUUCACCAGCACGCGACCACGACUGCAGCAACACAGAUGUCCCGCAGGUAAACUCGCUGCUGCGGGGGGGUCUCGGAACACAGGAAGUGGACUAUGGCGGCCGCCACGAGCACCAACACAUCCACGCUUCAGCUGAAGCACUCCAGCGUUGAGCAGACGCGGAAACGCAUAGACCCGAGGAGGAGGCAGGCGGCGCUGGAUUUUCUGAGCAACAUUUCCCUGGACGGGCGACCCGUGCAGGACAGUGCGGAGACUCCGAACCAGGAGGAGAGCCCGCCCGUGGAGGCACGGACUAGACAGCAGAGCCUGGUGUCGGCGGGGCUCGGUGCUGCUGGCACCGCGGAGACCGUCGCUGCUGCCGCCGCCGCUGCUGCGGCCACGGCGGCGGCAGCUGCUGCGACCUCGGCCACCCAGGCGCUCGCCUUGGCGAACCAGGCUCGCCUCGCCAGCAGCUGGGGCAGCGUUGGGACGGGAGCCGCCGCCUCCCCGGCGGGCACGGACUCAGACGGCGACGCUUUUACGUCGUCGACGUUCAGCUCGCCUCUCUCCGCGGUGCCCACCUCGGCCAGGGGGAGGCUGCAGACCUACACUCAGGGAGUCCUACCUGCCCACUACUCCAGGCAGUUCUCCCCCAGCUUCAGCCUGGAGGGCGGACAGAGCGAGCAGCAGAGGUCACGACGAAGACUCAUCUCUCAGCGAUCUUCGCUCGAAACUCUAGAGGACAUUGAAGAAAACGCUCCUCUACGCAGAUGCCGAACCCUAUCGGGUUCACCCAGACCAAAGAGCUUUAAGAAGAUCCAUUUAGUAAAUAACAUGAAGCAACACGAUAUGCGCAAUGGAAGGAUAGUCCUUAUCAGUGGCAGAAGAUCCUUCUAUAGUGUAUUUUCUGUCCUGCCCUAUCGAGAUUGUAGCCAAGCAGGGGACAUAAAGGCAGAAGGACGUCAGCGGCACCCGUCAGGAGGAGUUAGUGCCAAGGAGAUGGUGAUUGGGCUGGAAGGAGUGGAGUUAGGAGCAGAUGGCAAGACUGUGUCCUACACCCAGUUCCUGUAUCCCACUAAUGUGUUGGGAGGUCGAAGAAACACGAUCGACUCCACCUCGUCUUUCUCUCAGUUUCGAAACGCGAGCCACCGCAGCCUCAGUCUGGGCAGAGCCAACAGCAACCAGAGCAGCUUAGACACAGGGAAUGACUUAGGGGAGUUUCGGGAGUAUGACCCCAACCUGUUGGAUGAUCCGCAGUGGCCUUGUGGAAAACACAAAAGGGUUCUCAUCUUCCCCUCCUACAUGACCACGGUCAUUGAAUACGUCAAACCUUUUGACCUCAAGAAGGACAUGAACGAGACCUUCAAGGAGAAAUUCCCUCACAUAAGGCUCACUCUCAGCAAGAUCAGAAGCUUGAAAAGGGAGAUAAGGAAACUGGCACACGAUGUGUGCGGGUUUGAGGAACCCACUGUGGCCACGGCUUUCGUCUACUUCGAAAAACUCGUUCUUCAAGGCAAACUGAACAAACAGAACCGCAAACUCUGCGCCGGAGCUUGUGUUCUUCUGGCGGCAAAGAUCGGCGGCGACCUCAAGAAACACGAAGUUAAGCUUCUUAUUGAUAAGCUGGAGGAGAGGUUCAGAGUGAACCGCAGAGAGCUCAUCGCUUUCGAGUUCCCCGUCCUGGUGGCCCUGGAGUUCAACCUGCACCUGCCAGAACACGAGGUCAUGCCCCACUACAGACGCCUCCUGCAGACCUCUUAGCGUUGGUGACCCAUCAGGAGGACGGACACCGGGUUCUCCUCCUGAUCCCAGCGGCAUCCAUCCCUCCGCUGCACUCUCUGUGCAGGAUGAGUUCAUCACUACACAAAACUCGCUCUUUUCUCUUACGACUACAAUUUGCCAAAAGAUUCACUUUAUUUCUUGGUUUCUACGAACAUUC